GUUCACCGCACGCUUUUGAGGCUUCGACGCGAGCUCUUCGUGGGAUCUGGACCGUCUUGAAUCGGGCGGACCAUGGCCGACGACGAGGCUUUCGCGAAGGCCGUCGAAGACGGGCUGAAGCUAGCGAAGCGGGUCUAUGCCGGGAAGGACCAGCGGUUCGCCCCGCCGGUACCGGCGCCGCGGCCGGCCGCGGGAAUGGAGCGGUCGCCGGAGUCGCCCUUUCUACCGGCGGCGCCCAUGGUGUAUGCGGUGAUCACCGAUCCGGCUAUCGUAGACAACCCGGACAUUCCCAGCUACCAGCCGCACGUGCACGGGCGGUGCGACCCGCCGGCGCUGAUCCCGCUUCAUAUGACCGAUAUUGGGGUGGAGGUGGACUGCAUCCUCGAUUCGGCCUUCGUCGCCAUCCGCGGCCGGUGGCGGGUCCACUGCGUGAUGCGGACCCGGAGUAGUGACUGCCGUCUGGUGGUCCCAAUGGGCGAGCAGGACUCAGUUCUAGGCGUUGAGGUUGAAGUUGAUGGAAGAUCAUACAGUACCCAGGUGAUUGAGCUAGAAGAUCACAACAUAGAGAACACUGCUAAAAGUGAAGGUGGUGGCUUCCUGAAACCACAACUGUUUUCUUUAACAAUCCCCCAGGUUAAUGGAGGCUCAGACAUUUCCAUUAGAGUGAGAUGGUCUCAAAAGUUAAUCUAUAAAGAUGAUCAGUUCUUUGUUACCAUACCUUUUAAUUUUCCAGAAUAUGUCACUCCAUUGGCGAAAAUUGUAACAAAAAAGGAGAAGAUUCAACUAAAUGUGAAUAGUGGUACCGGAAAGGAGGUUGUGUUGCAGAAAUCAAGUCGUCCUUUGAAGGAAAGAAGUCGUGAAGUGGGGAAGUUGAACUUUCUGUACGAGGCACUCGUUGAGGGUUGGUCAAACCAAGAUCUUGAAUUUUCGUUUAGUGUCUCCUCGAACGAUUUGUUUGGUGGUAUACUCCUAAAAUCCCCAACAGCAUAUGAUGGUGACCGGAGAGAUAUAUUCAGUCUGUAUCUUUUUCCAGGAAGUAACCAGAAAAGAAAGGCCUUCAAAAAUGAAGUUGUUUUUGUUGUGGAUAUAAGUGGAAGCAUGCAAGGAAGGCCUAUUGAGAAUGUUAAGAGUGCAUUAACUACAUCCAUCUUGGAGCUCAGACCAGGGGACUAUUUUGAUAUAAUAGCUUUCAAUGAUGAGUUGCACUCAUUCUCAUCCUGUUUGGAGCCUGCAACUGAAGUUGUGGUAGAAAAUGCUAUUCAAUGGAUGAACAAAAAUUUUGUUGCAGAGGGUGGGACAGACAUUAUGCAUCCAUUAAAUGAGGCAAUAGGUUUGUUAUCAAGUACACAAAAUUCCAUUCCACAAAUUUUUCUCAUAACUGAUGGAGCUGUUGAAGAUGAACGCAACAUCUGUCAUACUAUUAGAACACAUCUGGCAAAUAAGGGACAUAUGUCUCCUCGAAUUUCUACUUUUGGCAUAGGUUCUUAUUGCAAUCAUUACUUCUUGAAAAUGUUGGCAUCAAUUGGGAGGGGUCAGUAUGAUGCUGCAUAUGGUGCAGAUCUGAUUGAAAAGCAUAUGGCAAGAUGGUUUCAUAGGGCUUUGUCCACUAUGCUUGCAAAUAUCACUAUUGACAUCUUCAAUGAUCUUGAUGAAGUAGAGGUAUACCCUACUCAUAUUCCAGACCUAAUGCGAUGUCCAUUGAUCAUAUCAGGCAGAUGUCAUGGAAAGUUUCCGGAGACUCUUAAAGCUAAGGGAAUCUUGGCUGACAUGAGUGACAUUAUUAUUGACUUGAAGGUGCAACAUACAAAAGAUUUUCCUCUUGAGAAAGCUUUUUCUAAGCAACAUAUUGAUCUUCUUACAGCUCAGGCAUGGUUUUCUGAAAGCAAACUACUUCAGGAAAAGGUGACUAAAUUAAGCAUACAGAGUAGCAUCCCCUCAGAGUAUACGUGUAUGGUCUUCCUUCAAACUGACACUGGAAAGCAGGAGGCAAUAAAACAGGUUAAGAAAAAAGAUUCUCGGAAGCAUGCCAAUCCAAAAGAAAACUUAUCAGUUUUGGUACGCAGAACAGCCAUUGGAUUUGGAGAUAUAAUUGCAACCACGGAAAACCAUCCUACUGGAUUUGGAGGGCUCAAGGAACCUGAGACCUUCGACGUCUACAACAAGGCUGUUGGCUGCUGCAACGGGAUAGCCUACUGCUGCUGCUGCCCGUGCUUCAUAAAAACAUGUUCUAAGGUGAACGAUCAGCUUGUGAUUGUAAUGACACAGCUCUGUACAGCUCUUUCAUGCCUUGCCUGCUCAGAGUGCUGCACCGAGUUAUGCUGUGAUGGCUCCGAAUAGUUAGAUUUCUCUGGCCAUGCCAUUGUUGUAUAUUUUGUUAUUUACUGCAUGCAUAUGUUUAUAGUUUGAUUUAUGUUGCCGGUAACAAGAACAUUAGUUCCAGGAUGAGUUGUAUAAUGCCUUGUAUUCAUGUUUGUAUGUUGAUAUAUAGCAAUUGACUUAAGACACGAGGAAAUGACGAUAACGAUUCUUUGUA